GAGACACCCCAGGACUCCUAGGGGCCGCUCUGACCUCCUGUCACCCAACAGCCAGGGAAUCAGGGGAUCCAGAACGACAGCCCAUUCAAUGUGGCUACAGACCCGCCUAUUCAAACUCCUCCUUCUCAGUAUUCCCGGAACUAUUUGAAGUUCAGAAAGGCGAGUUCCCAUGGCAAGUAAGCAUCCAGAUGUCUUUGAAGCACCUCUGUGGAGGUUCCAUCAUCCAUCCGUGGUGGGUUCUCACAGCUGCACAUUGCUUCCCAAAGACCCUGUUAGAAAUAGCCACAGAGGAUAUCACUGUGGUCAUGGGAACCAGAACAUUCAGUGAUGGCUUCUUGGAGAGGAAGCAUGUGCAGAAGAUAAUCGUCCACAGAAAUUACACACCAGCCCAGCCUGACAAUGACCUCUCCCUGCUCCUGCUUGCCACCCCCAUCCAGAUCAACAACUUUCAAAUGCCUGUCUGCCUGCAGCAGGAGGAGAAGAGCUGGCAUCGGUGCUGGAUGGUGGAAUGGAGGGCAGUCUAUGACCGACACGACAACUGGCACAUGUACCUACAGAAGCUGCGGCUGGUGCAGAUAAGCUGGAGAAAAUGCAACAAGCGGGUAGGACAGCUGUCCAGGAACAUGCUUUGUGCCUGGAAGGAACCAGGCACCAAAGGCAAAUGUCAGGGAGACAGUGGGGCACCUAUGGUCUGUGCUACCCGUGGGACCCAGAGGCUCUUCCAAGUGGGUGUCUUCAGCUGGGGCAUAAGAACUGGAUUCAGGGGGCGGCCUGGCAUGUUUAUGUCUGUGACUCAAUUUAUUCCAUGGAUCCAGGAGGAGACAGAGAAGGAAGGGAGACCCUACAAUGUGUAGGCCCUGGGAAUCUCCCCAGCUCCUGGGCUACAAUCCAGUUUACUGCUAGUUUUAGGGUCUCAAAUGUGGCUAACCACCAUGAUCAUCGGUGAUAAAGAAAGUCACUAAACUCUGAAGCCAUGUUUUAAUUUUCUCUUCCUUUUCUUCCUCCUCUUCCUCUUCCUUCUUCCCCUCUCAUCCUUCCACAAGCAUCUGUGGAACAUCUGCUAUGCCAGACCCUGGGAGUUAGCCAUGGACUUAAUUCUCCCAAAUCCAGCAGUCUCAGGAAUAAAGAUGAAUAUGCUAAAAAGAAGGUACAAGCAGGGCAUGGGUGAUUCUAGACAAUCUGCACGCCUACACACAGUUGCCAAAGAAAGUAGUGGUUCCUCCCUGUCCCCUAUGUCUUACCAUAGGCUGAGGGUUUAAUUUUAGGAAUACUGGGAAUCUAAAAGCAUCUAGUCUCCAAGUUUUCAGUCUCUACGGUCCUUAGGAGAGUUUAGAAAGGCAGAAAUUGUGACAAAUAGACUGCAUCUGAGACAUGCUGGUCUACCCCAGUCACCUUUAACAAGAAUGACUCAGAGAUUUUGGUUCUGUUCUCUGGGAGAGCGAACUGCUGGAUUUUCUGUAGAUGUUUCCCAUCUGCUGCUCCCCUGGGUUAUUUCCUUCUGGGUUCUGGUAAGCCAGCUCCUAGGCAUAGAGUCACCUGGGAUCCUAAAUCCUUCCUGGCCUGCCUCCGGCAGCAGGAGGAAGUGACAGAAGGUAUAGGUAGGACAGGAGAGUGUUGGGGUGUUUCUUAUCUGUCCUCCCCACUUUCACCACCAAGCUGCCAGUGAGAGCCCUGCCCCAGUUUCUACUCAUUGUCCCACUCUGGCCACAUCUGCCCACAUCACUGAGGUAAGGCCUCUUCUUACUCAGUGGCUUUCUACUGCUAUCAAUGCUGCAAAGACUUUGCUUCCCUGGAUCUGUUUCUAAAGUUCAACUUAACUCCUUUUAUUUUUUUAAAUUUUUAUUUAUUUAUUUUCCCCUUUUUUGUUGCCCUUGUUUUUUUUCUGUUGUUGUAGUUAUUAUUAUUAUUGUUGCUAUUGAUGUCAUUGUUGUUAGGACAGAGAGAAAUGGAGAGAGGAGGGAAGACAGAGGGGGGAGAGAAAGAUAGACACCUGCAGACCUGCUUCAUCGCCUGUGAAGCAACACCCCUGCAAGUGGGGAGCCGGGGGCUCGUUAACUCCUUUAUUAAGGUAUCAUUAUCUGAACAUUCUGAGUAAAAUUCUGUUUUCUUCUACAAGUCCCCAUAAUUGAUAUGUUUAGAGCCUUAUUUCUCAGCACUAUGGAUUUGUAGGGGUUUGAGCCAUCUACUAAUUCUACCUGGAAGGUCUGAUGAGGAAAUCCUGACGUGACUGGGCAGAAUGAGGCUAAACACCAGGAUGAGGACUGGACCCACCUUCCUUCCUAGAGUGAUAUGUGGUCAAAGGAUAAGUAAAACACCCAAGAUAUUUGAGGUUAUAUCAAUCAUUGGUGGGCAUCCUGUAG